UCUUCUGGGGUCCUCUGCAACCAGAGAUGAGCCUGGAGAAAGCAGAGGAGAAGACAUCUUGAGGUUCAUCUGGUGAAAAAGGGCAACCUGAGACAUCAAGCCGGAUAAGCCAAUUUGAUCUCAAGAUGGCUGAGGAGGAUCUCCGGGGUUUGAGCACCCCUUUCUCGCUCUCCUUUUCGGGCAGUGGCUUUCUCGCCCUGUACCAGAUUGGGGUGGUGCAGUCCCUCCUGGAGCUGGCUCCCGAACUCCUCAAGUCCGCGUGCAAGGUCUAUGGGUCGUCUGCCGGCUCGCUCAUCGCUGCCGCCGUGGUGUGCGGCAUCAGCCUUGAUGACCUGAAGGAAUUUUUCUUUGCCAUGGCAAAGGAAGUCAGGAAAACCACCCUGGGCCCUCUCUCUCCCAAGUGCAGCUUGCUGGCGAAUAUCAGGACUGUUUUGCAGCGGAUGCUACCAGAGGACUCUUACCAGCUGGCUUCGGGGCGGCUGCACAUCUCGCUCACGCGGGUGGCGGAUGGCCAAAACGUUAUGGCAUCUGAGUUCAGCUCGAAAGAGGAGCUCAUUCAGGCUCUCCUCUGCAGCUGCUUUCUUCCUAUCUACUGUGGAUUCAUCCCGCCAUCCUACCGAGGUGUGAUCUUCAACGGCAGCAUUCAGAUCUCGAUAGAAAACCUCUGCAGGAUUAGCUAUGCUCUCUUUCCGCCUAGCACCAUGGUCUUGAAUGACAUUUUCUCCCAAGGGUACCAGGACACGGCCCUUUUCCUGUACAGGAACAAUGCCUUUGGCUUUAACUACUUCGAUGGCAAUUUCCGCUUCGCCAGCAUGUGUGGGAAGAACGACUUUACACAGUCCAACGGGACAUUCACUAGCCUACGCAAAAGCAUACCGCAGCGUGUGGCUCCUUGCUUCCUGCCAGGGAAGCAAGCUGGAAAACUCAGCUCCACGCAGUUCAAACCAGCUGCAAUAGAUCCUGUCUUCAGCCUGAAAUGCCUCCUUUAA